AUUCACAUGAUCACGUAAACAAAUAUCACGUGUCUUUCUAUUUCCAAAAGAGUACUUUCAAGUUUCUAUGAUCUUUCCUUGUUAGUUUUUCCCAGCCCGUCAACAUGGCUUUUCAAGCGCUCAUAGUUUUUACUUUAGCAUGUCUGUGUGUCCCUUGUUACGGUAACAGAAAAUUCAUAGAAAUAGAUACAUCUUCUAAUGAUGUGCAGAAGGGAAAAGGCAAACCUGUCUUUCAUGAGCAAUGGAUUACACAAAAACUGGACCACUUCAACGGUGCAGACAGUCGAGUGUGGAAUCAAAAAUUCCUUGUAACUGAGACGCACUACCGAGCUGGAGGACCGGUGUUUUUAAUGAUCGGCGGAGAAGGUCCAAUCAACGCCGGAUGGAUGGCCAUGAACCCUGGUUCGGCCUGGCUUACUUAUGCCAAGAAGUUCGGCGCCCUCUGCCUUAUGGUAGAGCAUCGUUUCUACGGCGACAGUCGUCCCACAGUUGACCUGAGCACAGAGAACCUGCGGUUCCUCAGCAGUCAACAAGCUCUGGCCGACCUGGCUCACUUCCUCACUGUCAUCACUAAAGAACGGGGCUUGACCAACAGCAAGUGGGUGGCAUUCGGCGGGUCAUACCCAGGUGCGCUGGCAGCCUGGUCCCGACUCAAGUACCCCCACCUGAUUCAUGCUGCUGUGGCAAGCAGCGCACCUCUCCACGCCACGGUAAACUUCUCAGAGUACCUGGAGGUGGUGUGGCGGGCCCUGGCAGCUGAGAACCCAGAGUGCCCCCUGCUGGUAAAGAAGGCUUUUGACACCCUGCAGGAGCGCAUCAAAGACCCCAACAACUACGACAACAUCACCAAAGAUUUCAAUUUAUGUUCAAAACUGCAGAUCCAGUCAGAGAAGGACCGGGCAUACAUCCUAGAUGCCCUGGCAGACAACAUUAUGAACACAGUCCAAUACAACAAUGACAAUAGAGAAUUUGAGCAUGUGUUGGACACGAACUGCACCAUUAAGACUGUGUGUGGUGUGAUGUCCGAUGCCUCUCUGGGAGACCCCUACUACCGCUUCGCUGCUUUUGUUCGCCUCAGAACCAUUACUCACCUUCUUAAGCCCUGUGUUAAAGACCUCACCUACAACGCUAACCUUCAGGACCUCAGGAACACAUCCUAUAGCGGACCCCACGGUGGGGGAGGGAGACAGUGGACAUACCAGACCUGCACUGAGUUUGGUUACUUCCAGACCACUGAUUCUCCUAACCAGCCCUUCGGUGGCUUUGGCCUCCAGUACCAUGUGGAACAGUGUCAGGACAUUUUCAACAUCAGCGCCAAGACACUCUAUGCUGGAAUAGACCAGACCAAUGAGAACUACGGCAGCUACAACAUCCGUGCCACGAGAAUUGUUUUCCCCAACGGUUCCAUCGACCCCUGGCAUGCCCUGGGCAUCACCUCUAGCAUCUCAGAUGACCUCCCUGCCAUCUUCAUAAAGGGAACAGCCCACUGUGCCAACAUGUACCCUGCCAGAGCUGAGGAUCUCCCCCAGCUGACCCUGGCUCGGGAACACGUCUUCCAGCUCCUGCAGAAGUGGCUGAAGGAGAAGUGAGAGACAGCCACAGUGGCCAAUCAGGCUGAAUGAGAAGUGAUAGAAAGCCAUGGUUGCCAAUCAGGCUGAAGGAUAAGGAUUUAUGUUUGUUUGGAGAAAGGAAAUGACCACAGUUGUACAAUAGUGACUGUGCUGUAAGGAUGUAAGGACUAUUGAUUAUAUCAAUGUAAUGUUGUUUCCUUGUACAUGACAAAUACAACUUUUAAGAGAUUAAUCAGAUUUGAGUUACGCUAUCCUCUUCCAGUAAAUUCUUUCAAAAUAAAGUGUAUUUCCCAAUA